CUUGGUGCAGACGUCUACUCAUCGUGGUCGCACUUCUCUUGCGCGGCGCAUUUUCCUUUUGCUUCGUCUCCGCAGCCUCUCCUCAUUCCUUCCUCAAACGCCUCUCCCGCCGCCGACGCCAUAUCCCGCACGCUAUCCCAUCAGCUAGCUUAUUGUCGAUUUUAUCAGGUCUUGACUCUAAUGUUCUUCCUCUCUGGGACCGGUGUUUAUGGCUGCUUCCUCUAGCGCGAUGAACUUGUUGCUUGCUGUUGGCGUUUGGUGUACUGCGUAUCUUACGGCUGCUCUUCUCUCUUAUUUCCGUGUCUUCAGUACCCUUUUCCGCCUCUGAGAAUUUCUUAAUCACUAGCGAUUUUGAAACGAGCAAUCAAAAUCAUGGGUUAUGCACAGCUUGUUAUUGGCCCUGCUGGGAGCGGGAAGUCGACUUAUUGUUCUAGCUUGCACCAACAUUGUGAAACACUUGGGCGGUCCAUUCAUAUCGUGAACCUAGAUCCUGCUGCAGAGAACUUUGACUAUCCUGUUGCCGUGGAUAUUAGAGAACUCAUCAAUUUGGAAGAUGUCAUGGAGGAAUUCGGUCUCGGUCCGAAUGGUGCUCUUAUGCACUGCAUGGAGUAUCCUUUGUAUUUUCAUACGGUCUGGACUCUCUAUGAUCUGUUCCUUCUCUAUCCAGGUCUACCUGGCUUCAAUAGCUUUUUUCCCUUCCACUGUCCUGUUUUGGUUCUAGAACUAGAGGACAGUCUGGAUGAUUGGUUGACAGAGGAGCUGGACAACUACUUGGAUGAUGACUACCUAGUUUUCGACUGCCCAGGUCAGAUAGAACUUUUCUCACAUGUUCCGGUGCUUAAGAACUUUGUGGAACAUUUGCAGCGGAAGAAUUUCAAUGUGUGUGCUGUGUAUUUGCUUGAUUCACAGUUCAUUACAGACGUGACCAAGUUCAUUAGUGGCUGCAUGGCAUCCCUCUCUGCAAUGAUACAGCUCGAAUUGCCCCAUGUUAACCUCCUGUCCAAAAUGGACCUGGUGACCGACAAACGCCAUCUUGAAGACUACCUCACUCCAGAGCCUGUGACUUUGUUGGCUGAGCUUAAUAAGCGCAUGGGUCCUCAGUUUCUUAAGUUAAACAAAGCAUUGAUGGAACUGGUCGAUGAGUACAGUAUGGUGAGCUUCAUCCCACUUGACUUGAGAAAAGAGACAAGCAUUCAGUACGUAUUGGCUCAAAUCGACAAUGCGAUUCAGUAUGGAGAAGAUGCAGAUGUGAAGAUCAGAGAUUUUGAUCCAGAAGAUGCUGAUGAAUAGAUGAUCAUGAUUUCCUUGCAGCUCGUUGUAGAUAUUAAUCAUUUCGAAGGGGAACAAAGGAUACAUUAUGGGGUGCUUUUGAGCAGCGGUUAUAUCCAGAAAGCCACUUUUGUUCAUCGUUUUCCUACUGAUCUACAGUGAACCAAGUGGUUAACUGCAGAGAACAUGAAACUGAUUGAAGGUUUCUGUUUGGAAUUUAUCUACAUUUCACUAGUUUCUGUUGAUCCAGUGAUGUGAUGUUAAGAAUGAUGGGUUUACAUUUUGGUGCAAUUGAUGCCUCGGAACUUUAAAUGAUAGAAUUUAACCAUAUUCCCUUU